ACUGUUCCAUUUCGUGAAAUGGUUUGGUCUCUUAGGAAACAGUGGUGUAGAUAUGUUAUUGGUAGGAAAACGGACCGAGGCGCUGACUGCUCCUGCCAGUGUCCGGGUCACCGGUUGACCGGGGCGACGCCCUGACACAAAUCCGACCUGUGAAGCCUCUCAUCCCGCUGAGCCGACCGGGGCCCGAUCAGGCUGCGAGAGGCGAAGCAGACGGAGCUGUCCGAGGUGCUGACCCCGGUCAGCUUCACCUAUUUUUUGUCCGUGACUAAGCGUCUAACCACUGAACAGGCUACACCUGUAAUUAAAAUGGCUCAAAUCAUCUCUUAGCUUUUUCUUAUGUAUUAAGUUCCAACAAUUCAACUUCACUGUGAGCAAUUCACUGUGUGUUUUUUCUCUGUCCUUGUGUCCACAUCGGACCAGCAUGGGGAAUAAUAAGACACCAUUAUGUUACGAUUACAAAGUCCAUUUCAGGGAACACACACUAAACAAUAACAGACUUUUACGUCUUAAUGUACGAGGGAUGUUUUCCAUGCAGCUACACAGCUGUGACACAUACAUAACAUUAUCAGCUGGGCGAGCAAGGAGAAAGUAUUAGGAUUUGUAACAAUACAUGACGUUUCUUUUCAACUUAUGGAUGAUUACUAUGGCGUUAUAAGGCAAUUACAGAUAGUGUCUUCUUUGUAGGGUCCACUGCAAUCUGCACCCAUAGCACUUUGUGAUAAUCACGUCUAGGCAGAUACCUGUGAGCGCCCUCUAGUGAAUUUAUUGCUUCUUUACGAGAGCACGAGUUUGGAUGAUAAACAAACCACGUGACCAUUUAUUCAAUUCAUUAUUAACUUAUUAUCUAUAGCAAACAGAUUAAGCACAGAGACUACAAACACCUCAUAUUUAGAUAGAGAUUCUACUGGUGGAUGAUAUUUUCAAUAGAAAGCUGCUAUGAUUUCAUCUAAAUUAAAGCUAAAUCAGAAUACUAUAGUAGCCUAUAUUGCAGAGUUUGUUGUGAAACUAAAGGGAAGAGUAUGUAGUAUGUAUGUAGUAUGUAGUAUGCUAAAAGUAUGAAAGUAUGUUGCAGAACUGUCUGCUUAUGUAUCUUGUUUUGACUGCACAUUUACGAGCAGUAUAUGCUGUAUUUUCUUAAUAUAAUUACAGACCACAAUCAGUAAGAGGCUUUUGUCCCUCAGUUUCAGACACAAUCUGAGCAGUGCAGAUUUGUCCUUUCCUUAUCACCCGUGAUAAACCCGUGAAGCAGUAUCUGGCCAGCCCAAUGCCUCUCUCUAUCCAAUCGCAUGUUUCAGGGAGGAGUGAAACCGAUGUUUUAAAAGUUGCAUCUAGCACUGACCCAUAGCAGACUGGCUCCUGAAACAAAUCUAGACCUGUCAAAAUGGUUGAAUGGACUGACUUCGAACGCGCCACCAUCCAGAACAUCUUCGGAAUUAUGGACUAUGAGGUCGUGGGUCCUGCUGCUCUUUCCAGGUGCCUGGUUGUCUACCCCUGGACUCAGAGGUACUUCGGCGGCUUUGGAAACCUCUACAACGCCGCUGCCAUCGCUUCAAAUCCGAUGGUGGCAGCUCACGGAAAAGUUGUCCUUCACGGUCUGGACCGGGCUGUGAGGAACAUGGACAACAUCAAAGGGACAUAUGCAGAGCUGAGCGUGCUGCACUCCGAGAAACUGCACGUGGACCCAGACAACUUCAAGCUGCUGGCAGACUGCCUGACCAUCGUGGUUGCCGCUAGGAUGGGUAAAGACUUCACUGGUGAGGUCCAGGCAGCUUUCCAGAAGUUCCUGUCCGUGGUGGUGUCCUCUCUGGGGAGGCAGUACCACUAGAGGGCUGCAACAAAAGAUAACGAUCAUUUGUUUAAAAGCUCUUUUUAAAAUUAUGCAUCGAAAUUAUAAAUAAACAAACAAUAAGCGUA